UGGCAGCCGGAGCCGGAGUCCAGAGCGCAGCGUGGCGCACUGCAGCAGGGAGCGGAGGGCGGACUGGCAGAUGUGCAGAUCCUGAUGCAGAGGAGGCAUGAGCUCGUAAACAUACCGGAAUAUUCACUGUUUACGUCUUUUUUAUAAAUAAUAUAUAAAGGUGUUAUGGCAUCUCGUCUGAGUUGGUCGGUCCUGUCCGGUUUCUUGCUGCUGCUCUUUGUGUUCCCAGGUCAACCUGCAACACUCAGGGAUGAAGAAGCUCCUGCUGGACUGGCCAAUCCUUUCAAAUCUGGAGAGGAGAGCCACAGGUUGCUCCAAAGUUAUAUUGACUCCAUUUUGAAGGAGGGCCAGGCUAGACCAGAAAUCAGCUCCCGGGAACAAGAGGUGUUCUUCCUUUUCCGUCUUCAUGACUAUGACCGCGGUGGAUUCCUGGAUGGUUUGGAGAUGAUAAAAUUACUUUCAGAUUACAACACCUUUCACAAACCUGCUGCUUAUCAAUAUAACACUGUGGUGUCUUUGGUGGACUUUUUACUGCAAACUCAGGAUCUAAAUCAUGAUGGCCUAUUCAGUCCAUCUGAGCUACUCUCACCUCCGUUAAUUCAAACACAGCAUAAAGAAGCUACACAAGACCAAAAAGACAGUGCUCAAAACAAAGUGGAGGUUAAGAUGGAAACACAGCCACAACAAAAACAGACCACGAAGGAGGACGGCGUUUUGUCAGCAGAUGAGCAGCACCCUCCCCAAGACGUCAGAACAGCAGAACAUACAGCAGAGCAGACAGCAGAGCAGACUGCACAGGUGACUGCAGAGCAGACUGCACAGGUGACUGCAGAGGAGACUGCAGAGGAGACUGCAGAGCAGACAGCAGAGCAGACAGCAGAGCAGACAGCAGAGCAGACUGAAACUGUGGCUGUCCCUGUGCACCAAGGACAACCAGAAAUAUAAAGACUUGGGAUUUACAUUUUAUGUGUAUUUAUUUGGAUUUAAUGCUUUGAAAUAGUAAUUACUUAUUAGUUAUAGGCCUACUUAUUUAUGGGAAGAGAUGCACUAUUUCAUAUUUAGACAAUUUCUCACUUUGGAAGAAUGUUUCAUGUUUGCACUUACUUUAAGCACUGGAAUGUUUGAAGAGUAUGGUGUUAUGGUAGUGUUUUAUACAGACUGCAUGUACUCCAAUCAUUUCUAUAAACUUCAAACAGUAAAUAACUGACAAAGAACUGUUAUUUGCAACAUAUGAUAGCCUAUGUAUCUAAAUAAGUUGAUGCCUGGGGAUUUGCAGUCAUUUUAAAUGAGGCUUAUGUCAUGUGGCUGUUUUAGGCUUAGCAGCCUCUAUCUGCAGGAUGUUGUCUAUCAAGGUCAAUUCUGACCUGAAUAUCAUAUUUCUGUCAAAGAGCACUUGCUACAAUGAUAAUAUAACUUACAAGUGCAUUUAAAUCAUUUUAAUUCCUGCCGCUGUGACUCAAAUAUGAUAUUCAGGUCAGAAUUGACCUUGAUAGACAACAUCCUGCAGAUAGAGGCUGCUAAGCCUAAAACAGCCACAUGACAUAAGCCUCAUUUAAAAUGACUGCAAAUCCCCAGGCAUCAACUUAUUUAGAUACAUAGGCUAUCAUAUGUUGCAAAUAACAGUUCUUUGUCAGUUAUUUACUGUUUGAAGUUUAUAGAAAUGAUUGGAGUACAUGCAGUCUGUAUAAAA